CGCAUGAGGAUUGAGGUUGCAUUAAGAAGGUAGCGUGUUGUCGCUUCAUAUUCCUACAUCUACUUACAGUCCGUACGACUCUGCCCAUCAGCUCAGAGCGAGCGAGCGAGCGUACAUUCCACACCGAUCAACAUACGAUAGUCGCCGAGACUCACGGCGAAUUUGAACCUUUCCCCAAAAAAAUCAAUCUCGUUCGUUGAUCCAACUCUCUACCUUUCACUUGACACUCGAAGCAUCAUGGCUCCCCAGCAGGGCGGUUUCUCAUGGUCCAACAUUGCAGUUGGUGCCACCAUGAACAUGUUUGAAGUCACCACUCUUGGUCAGCCUCUUGAAGUCCUCAAGACUCAGAUGGCUGCGAACCGCUCUCAGACAAUGCCCCAGGCUUUCCGAAACGUCUGGUCAAGAGGAGGAUUCUUCGGAUUCUACCAGGGCCUGAUCCCAUGGGCCUGGAUUGAAGCUUCAACCAAAGGAGCUGUCCUCCUGUUCGCAUCUGCAGAGAUUGAUCAGUACUCCAGGAAAGCCUUCGGUCUCGGACCUUCAGCAGCCGGAAUGCUCGGAGGUGUUGGAGGUGGUAUCGCUCAGGCUUACGCCACGAUGGGUUUCUGCACAUGCAUGAAGACGGUUGAGAUCACGCGACACAAGCAGAUUGAAGCUGGGGGAAGCGCUGAAUCCACCUUCAAAGUUUUUGCGGACAUAUAUCGUCGGGAAGGAAUCGCAGGCAUCAACAAAGGUGUCAAUGCGGUUGCCUUGCGUCAAGCUACCAACUGGGGAUCCAGAAUGGGAUUCGCAAGACUGGCCGAGACUACUCUGAGAAACUUCAAGGGCAUCAAGGAAGGAGAGAGGUUGAGUGCAGGAGACAAGAUCCUCGCCAGUUCAGUCGGAGGUGCUCUCGCCACUUGGAACCAACCGCUUGAAGUCAUUCGUGUCGAGAUGCAAUCAGCUAUUAAAUCUCAAGACCCGAACCGUCCCGCCAAAAAGACAAUCCUCAACACAUUCCAAUACAUCUACAAGAAUAAUGGACUGAAAGGUCUUUACCGUGGUAUCUCGCCUCGAAUCGCUUUGGGUGCAUGGCAAACCAUUUGUAUGGUAUCGUUCGCGGAUUACGUGAGGGCUGCGUGAGUUGCUCAUAAGCGCUUUCCAGAUGGUCUGCUCACGCUGCUUACAGCAUCGGUACCGCAAAAUAAAAUU